AGGGUCGAGGACUUGCUCAACCACAUGUGCUGGGAGGAGAAGGUCGGCCAGCUUGGCGGCAUCGGCGGCAUCCUGGGCGACAACAGCACCUACAAUCUCGCGAAAUACCGGGAACUCGCCGUUCUUCACAACGGAACCAUUUCUCCGGGCUCAUAUCUGAACUAUGCAGAGCAGGCUAUCCCCGUUCUCUCGCAGCUCAUCGUCAACUCUAAGAAGGAGCACCGUCUGGGGAUUCCAUUUAUCCAUAUUGGCGACGGCGUGAAUGGCAUCACCCUCCGCGGCACUACCCUCUUCCCCGCCACGUUAUCCAUGUCUAUGGCCUGGAAUAUGGAUCUCUACAAAGAGGUCAUCACGGCUAUGCGGGACGAGUUCUACAGCUCUGGCAUCAACUGGAUCCUCGGCCCAGAGGUUGAUCCCGCCCGUGAUCUGCGCAACGGUCGAGUAGGGGAGAUGUACGGAGAGGAUCCGUGGUCCAACGGAGAGUACGCCUCACAGUUUGUCGAGAUCAUGCAGGAGAAGGACUCGGCGGGUCACCUGAAGGUCGCCACUACCAUCAAGCACUACCUCUACGGCACGAGUGCUGGCGGCGUGAACCAGGCUUCGAUGUUGGGUGGCGUCAACCACAUCUUCAACACCCUGGCCCUGCCUUAUAUCAACGUUUUCAAGAAGGUUAAGCCGGCGUCACUGAUGCCCUCGUACGCGGUCAUCGACGGCAUCCCGGCCCAUACCAACGACUACCUGCUCAAAGACCUGCUGCGUAGUAAAUGGGGCUUUGAUGGUGUCAUUGUGUCCGAUGCCGACGCCAUCAACAUGCUCUGGCAAACGCACAAAACGGCCCGCGACCGCAGCGACGCCGCUAUCCAGUCCAUCACCGCUGGCGUCGAGCUAGAGCUCGCCAUCGGGUUUCCGUCGGCCUACGAGAGCCUGGCGCUAAACAAGACGGUCGAAGGCGUCGUGCGCGACGUCAACUCUGCAGUCAAGCGGCUAAUGCGCCUCAAGUUCGAGCUGGGCGUCUUUGACAAGGACUUAUCGGUCAACGAGACGGAGCUCGCCCAGGUCCUGCGGUCCGAUGAGCACCUACGUAUCAACAAGAAGAUCAGCGACGAGUCCCUUGUCCUGCUCAAGAACGACGGCAUCCUCCCCAUGGCCGUGCCCCCGAAGGUCGCUGUCAUCGGCCCCUUUGCCGACUUCAUCGACACGGGAUCCUAUGGUGCUUGGGACAACGCCGAGAACUUCAACCUGACCUUCUUGGAUGCUGCCAAGGCCAAGUUCGGAUCUGGCAAUGUCCUCCAUGUCCGCGGCUGCGACUUCCUCGAUCAGACCGGUGCCGAGAUUGAUGCGGCCAUCGCGGCUGCCAAGGAGGCGGGGUUGGCCAUCCUUGCGCUCGGUGCCGUCUCCGUGGGCUGGCAGGACAAGUACCGCAGCAAGGUCACCGACUCCGAGGGCGCCACACAUGCCUCUUUGAAGUUGCCCGGCUUGCAGGAAAACCUCCUUGCCGCGAUCCUGGCCUCGGGCGUGCCCACCAUCCUCCUCCUGAGCGGUGGCCAGCCCUUUGAGCUGCAGGGCGUGGCUCAGUCCGCCAAGGCCAUUGUGCACACCUUCCUGCACGGUGAAUUCACCGGCCGGUCCAUCGUUGACGCCCUGACCGGCGAGGUCAACCCCAGCGGCAAGCUUACCAUCAACUUCCCCUACAGCUCCGAGAUUCAGCCCGUAUACUACAACCACCUGCUCAGCGACUGGCAGGGCGCUAGCGCCAUGCAGUGGCCUGCCGCUCCCGUCAGCUACCUCUACCCCUUUGGCUACGGUCUCAGCUACAGCACGUUCUCCCUCUCCGGCGCCACCGUGGACACGAGCACCCCCAGCCGCGGCAACACCGUGACCGUAACGGUCAACGUGCAGAACACGGGUUCGGUCACGGGUAAGCAGGUCGUCCAGGUCUACUUCCGCCAGGCCUACGCCAAGGUCUCGCUGCCGGUGAAGCGCCUGAUCCGCUUCACCAAGGUCGAGCUGGCCCCCGGUGCGUCCACCACCGUCAGCUUCAAGAUUCCAAUCGAUGAUCUUGGUUAUUACUACAAUGAGGGCUACUACGUAGACGCCGGAGACUAUACCCUCUGGGUGGGCGACAGCUCGCUCGAUUCCUCGCUUAACGCACUGCCCAUAACUGUGCGGUAAGCUGGAGUGCGGCUCCACCCUUGCCAACAGGGGGCUUCUUGUUUGUAGCAAUACUGGCUUAGCUUUCCCCAAUAUGCAUGAACACUAUUUCGCAAAUUGUGAUUCAAUCACAUAAUUAAUAGCUGCCUAAUGUGGGGCGGAUAUCCAAUCCAGUGAAUAAUCCGCCGGCGACAUUGUUGUAUAAAGUAGUGAU